AUGUCUACAGUCGACGGCGACGAAAAUAUUCUGAAAAUGGCUGGUGGGCCACGGAGACGGCAGCAUGACGACGACGACGAUGGCUCGGAAGUGUAUGAUGAGGAUGAGGAUGAUGAUCUGGAAAGCCUUGCAAGUGUUGCGGUUGAUGGUAGUGCGAAAACACCCGCCACCAAAGCGGAAGAAGACAGGCAGCUCCCCCCGCAUGCGUGCUGUUAUUGCGGAAUACAUAAUACCAACAGCGUGGUCAAAUGCCUUGCCUGUAACAAAUGGUUCUGUAGUGCUCGUGGGAAUACAUCCUCGUCGCACAUUGUGAAUCAUCUUGUUAGAGCUCGACACAAGGAAGUCCAACUCCAUCCUGCAUCCGCAGCAGGUGACACUGUGCUUGAGUGUUAUAACUGCGGUACACGAAAUGUUUUUCUCUUAGGCUUUAUUCCAGCCAAAUCUGACACCGUGGUUGUCUUGCUGUGCCGUCAGCCCUGUGCAGCAAUGCCGUCCUCCAAAGACAUGAACUGGGACACCUCUCUCUGGCAGCCACUGAUCGAGGAUCGUUCCUUCUUGUCCUGGCUUGUAGGCACCCCUUCGGACCAGGAACAGCUGAGAGCGCGCCACCUUAGCCCGCAGAUGAUUGCGAAACUAGAGGAAAUAUGGAAAGAAAACUCCAGCGCGACGGUUGAAGAUUUGGAAAAAGCGACUGGUGUCGAUGACGAGCCCGCGCCUGUCUUACUCCGCUACGAUGAUGCGUAUCAAUACCAAAAUGUCUUUGGGCCUCUCGUGAAAAUCGAGGCAGACUACGACCGCAAAUUAAAGGAAGCCCAGUCACAGGAUGGAUUGAUAGUCAAGUGGGACCUUGGAUUGAACAACAAGCAUUUAGCUAGCUUUGUGCUUCCAAAGCUGGAGCUUGGUGAUGUGAAGCUAGCUGUUGGUGAUGAAAUGCGAAUUAAAUACUCAGGGGAAUUGCGACAAAAGUGGGAAGGUGUCGGCUAUGUCGUUAAAAUCCCCAACAAUCAGUCCGAUGAGGUUACUAUCGAACUUCGGACCAAAGGCGAUCACAAAUCGGUCCCUACAGAAUGCACUCACAAUUUUACGGCCGAUUACGUUUGGAAAUCGACGUCUUUCGACAGAAUGCAAACCGCCAUGAAGACAUUUGCAGUGGAUGAAAUGAGUGUUUCGGGAUAUAUCUUUCACCGGCUCUUGGGAAGUGAAGUCGCUGCCGCACCAAUGAAGACCCAGCUGCCCAAGAAAUUUACAGCACCGGGUCUUCCAGGCUUGAACCCAAGUCAAGUCAAUGCAGUCAAGGCUGUCCUUCAGAAGCCUCUGAGCUUGAUCCAAGGCCCGCCUGGUACGGGCAAAACCGUUACUUCGGCAACGGUUAUCUACCAUCUAGCAAAGCUUACUGGUGGACAGGUUCUGGUUUGCGCACCAUCUAAUGUAGCGGUUGAUCAGCUCUGCGAAUGUAUUCAUAGAACCGGCCUCAAGACAGUCCGCGUCACUGCCAAGUCUAGAGAAGACGUCGAGUCGCCUGUUCGCCAUCUUUCUCUUCACGAACAAGUUCGCAACAAUGACAGCAAUGUUGAGCUAAUGAAACUUACACAAUUGAAAAACGAACUCGGAGAGUUGUCGAGCCAGGAUGAGAAGAAAUUCAAACAGCUUACGCGUGCUGCGGAAAAGGAAAUAUUGACGAAUGCAGACGUUAUUUGCUGUACCUGCGUUGGUGCUGGAGACCCUCGACUUGCGAAAUUCAAAUUUCGAACAGUCUUGAUUGACGAAUCCACGCAAUCAUCGGAGCCCGAAUGUAUGAUUCCAUUGGUGAUGGGAUGUAAACAAGUCGUUCUCGUUGGUGACCACCUGCAACUUGGGCCGGUUAUCAUGAACAAGAAAGCUGCAAAAGCGGGCUUGAACCAGUCUCUUUUUGAGCGCUUGGUUAUUCUGGGCUGCGCUCCUAUCCGGCUAAACGUUCAAUAUCGAAUGCAUCCCUGUCUAUCUAGUUUCCCAUCCAACAUGUUCUAUGAUGGCUCUCUACAAAACGGUGUGACAAGCGACGACCGCCUAUUGAAAGAUGUUGAUUUCCCGUGGCCUAUUUCAGAUAAGCCCAUGAUGUUCUGGUCAAACCUUGGCAACGAAGAAAUUUCUGCAUCCGGAACGUCGUAUCUCAAUCGUACUGAGGCUGCGAACGUCGAAAAGAUUGUUACUCGAUUUUUCAAAGCCGGCGUGAAGCCGUCUGCCAUUGGUAUUAUCACGCCUUAUGAGGGACAGCGCAGUUAUGUGGUCAGCUCCAUGCAACUCAACGGGACAUAUAAGAAAGAAGCCUACAAGGAGAUCGAAGUAGCUUCGGUGGACGCGUUCCAAGGUAGAGAGAAAGACUUUAUCGUGCUUUCAUGUGUCCGAUCAAACGACCAUCAGGGUAUUGGAUUCUUGAGCGACCCGCGUCGUCUCAAUGUGGCGCUUACGCGAGCCAAAUACGGCCUUGUAAUUUUGGGAAAUCCAAAAGUUCUUUCGAAACAUCCUCUCUGGAACUACCUUCUCCGUCACUUCAAGGAACAGGAUUGCCUGGUGGAGGGGCCGUUGUCGAACCUCCAGACUUCACUUGUGCAGUUUAGUCGCCCGAAGCAGGCAUACCGUGGUCCCCAGCGUUUCCAAAUGGCGUACCAUCACGCUUCGAGCAUGGCCUCCGGGUUGAUGAAUGGUCGAAAUGGACAGCAUAGUGACUAUCAAGAUUCCGGGUCUGUUGCUAGCUACAUUCCGGACGACGUCUCCUCUGUGCAUUCCUCUGCCUUGGGUGGUGUCGCUAUCCCGCCUGGCUAUCCGCAAAUGUUCCAGAAUUUCAGCGACAUGUGGCCGCAGCUUCCGCAUAACCGUCGUGCGAACGGCGCUCGAGCGAGAGGAGCACCCAGUGUGGCCGGCGAGUCUGUGGCCGCGACGGAAUCCGACGCCACUGCAAGUAUGAUCGAUGGGCGAAGUGUUGGUCAAGGAGGCGUCAGUCUCAGCGGCCUCAGCAUUCACGAUGUGCACAGACAGGCCAGCCUCAGCCAAUCUGAUCGACUAAAGCACUAUGUUGAAUCCAGCGGCCGUGGGGAACCCUACAGAGGAAACGAAACUACGAGUGUGUUUGGUGGCAGUUCGGCGAGCAUGCGCGUUCCUCGUGGCAAUGCCAGCCUUGCAACCGACGACGAUGACGCCCGUAGCAUUUCCACCGCAUUUGCAAGCCAAAUUGGAGGCACGUAUGACUGA